AUGAAUUGGUUAACGAAGCAUGAUGCUGUAGUAAAUUGUCGAGAGAAACGGAUUGAUCUGAAAGGUCAAACAAGGGAGGUAAUCUCGGUUGAGUCUGAGAAUCCGAAUGAUACUAUUAGAAUUAUCUCAGUCUUUUCUGCUCAAAGAUUGUUGCGUAAAGGUGACGAGGCAUUUUUAGCCUACAUUCUUGAUACUCAGAAUUCUGAAUCAAAGCUAGAACAGUUAUCGGUUGUUAGUGAAUUUACUGAUGUGUUUCCUCAGGAAUUACCCGGUUUACCACUUGAUCGUGAAGUUAAAUUUGUGAUUGAUGUGGUUUCGAGAACAACCCUGAUAUCAGUAACACCAUACCGUAUGGCACCAGUUGAAUUAAAGGAGUUAAAGGCACAAUUGCAAGAGUUAUUAGACAAAGGGUUCAUCAGGCCGAGUAUGUCUCCUUGGGGUGAACCUGUUUUAUUCGUGAAAAAGAAAGAUGGUUCCUUGAGACUGUGUAUAGACUGCAGACAGUUGAAUAAGAUUUUGAGAGAGAAAGAACUGUAUGCAAAGUUUAGCAAAUGUGAAUUCUUGCUUCACAAGUUUAGAUUUCUGGGUCACAUUGUAUCAGCUGAUGGGAUUCGAACUGAUCCAAGUAAAGUUUUUACUGUGUCAGGAACAGUGGUGGCCUAUGCUUCUCGACAGUUAAUACCGCACAAAAGGAAUUAUCCUACACAUGAUCUUGAAUUGGCUGCAAUUGCUAAUGUGGUUGCGGAUGCACUCAGUCGAAAGUCAUUUUUGUUUGUCCUUCGAGCGAUGAAUGUUCAUUUAUUUCUUAAUGAAGAUGGUUUUGUAUUAGUAGAGUUGAAAACGAAACCUUUGUUCCUUCAACGAAUUCAGGAAUUGCAAGAUGAAGAUUCGAAAUUAGUGCUGAAACGACAGAUAGUUCAGGACAAUCUUAGUUCAGAGUAUAGUAUUGAUGAUAGUGAUUUGAAAAUGAGAGAUAUAGAAUUUGUGGUUGGUGAUCGAGUGUUCUUAAAAGUCUCUCCAUGGAAGAAGCUAUUACGGUUUGGUAGGAAAGGAAAGUUAAGCCCAAGAUUUAUCGGACCGUAUGAAAUUAUCGAAAGAAUCGACCCGGUAGCUUAUAGAUUAGCUUUGCCUCCUGAACUUGAGAAAAUUCAUAAUGUGUUCUAUGUAUCAAUGUUGAGACGGUACAGGUCUGAUCCUUCGCAUGUAAUUUCUCAUAGUGAAAUUGAGUUACAACCAGAUAUGACGUACUCGAAAGAACUGAUGAAAAUUUUGGCUCGAAAGGUUAAGGAAUUGCGGAAUAAACGAGUAUCAUUAGUUAAAGUAUUGUGGUAUCGUGAUGGUUCGGAGGAGACUACUUAA